CGGGGGAGCGGCCGCGGCGCUGCGGGGCCCGUGAGGCGGCGGCGGCUCCUCCGCGGGACGUGCCGGGAUGCGAGACUCUACAAGUGAAUGAGAACUUCUCUCUGCACAACUGAGGUGAAGAGCUUCACCAUGGGUCAACAGAUUUCAAACCACACACAAACUGUAAUUAACAAGUUGCCAGAAAAAGUAGCAAAGCAUGCCUCUUUGGUUCAAGAAAGUGGUUUCCUAACCUAUGAAGAGUUUCUGGGAAGAGUAGCUGAACUCAAUGAUAUUACUGCAAAAUUGGCUUCUGGACAAGACAAACAUCUGCUGUUUGAAGUGCAGCCUGGGUCUGAUUCUUCUGCUUUCUGGAAGGUGAUCGUUAGGAUAAUAUGUACCAAAAUAAAUAAAACAAGUGGCAUCGUGGAAGCUUCCAGAAUCUUGAACUUAUAUCAGUUCACUCAACUUUAUAAAGACAUCACCAGUCAAGCAGCAGGAGUUCUUGCACAGAGUGAUACUUCUGAAGAAGCUGCUGAGAGUUGGAGAUCUCUGUCUUCGUGUCAGGCCAGCUUGUGGAUGGGAAGGGUUAAACAGCUGACAGAUGAAGAGGAAUGUUGCAUCUGCAUGGAUGGGCGUGCUGAUUUAAUCCUGCCGUGUGCUCACAGUUUCUGCCAGAAAUGCAUUGAUAAAUGGAGUGACCGCCACAGAAACUGUCCUGUGUGCCGCCGGCAGGUGACUGGGGCAGGAGAUUCCUGGGUGGUGUCAGAGGCCCCUACAGAAGAUGACAUUGCCACUUACAUCCUUAACAUGGUGGAUGAGGCGGGGCAGCCCCACAGACCUUGACCCUGCCCACCAGGCUGAUCAGGGCAGAACCACUUGAAGCUUUUGUUUUCCCCAGCAUCUGGUUUUAUCCCUCCUUGCCGUUCUUCCAGUCUGUCCUUUCCUUCUCCUCUUGGCUGCUGUGAGUCUGCUCUGCUCUCCUAAAGCACAGGGUAUCUGAGCAAGUCUCUGUGUGUGCAGUCUUCGUUAUUAAACUGUUCUUCCAGCAAACUCUUUGAUCAUUAACAGAGUUUAACAACAGCAUUUGAUAUUAAUUAACAGUUUGACUACUCGAUGGAGCAACUUGUAACAGCACAACUACAACUGCAAACUGCUGUUUGAGCAUCACAGUGUACUGCUACAGAGAUGAACCAUGGUAGGUGGCUUGACCUCACAGUUCCUACCCUUAAAAGCAGUCUCUUAUUCACAACUAACGUGAAUAAAGAUAAAGUUAACACUAGUGGUUAUUAAUUUGAAAUUUUACUGUUGAAACUUGAAGAUGUCCCACUGCCUGUUCUUCAGUAGGAAGUUACUGCUGCUUUUAGUGUUUACAGAUACUUAAUCUGAUCUGUUAAGACUUUUAGUAUAAAUUAUUUUAAGUCUGUUUCUGAGAGUGUAGGCAGGUCUGUAAAUGUACUUGUGCACUUCCCGUUAUUCUUCUAACAAAACUUAUAUCUUAAAAUAUUUUUUUUUAAAUAUGAUAUUUAGCAUAGUCUUAUCAGCUUGGAAACAUUAAACAGUUUCAUACACAAUGCUAAAAGCAGUAAAUCAGCUUUUCACUAGCUUUUGAUAAAGAACAGCUAGAAUUAUUUUUAAACAUUGGGUAUAUCUGAAUGCCUUUAUUUGAAUUAGCACUUAAGGUGUAGUUUAGGCUGAUGCUGUGGUUUUAUCUGCUCCUCUUGAGUUAUUGAAGUGAUGAGAUCAGAGUUAAAAGGUAUAUGAAGAGUUACAAGUGAUAACCUAAGUAAGGGUGCUCUACUUUAUAUCUACAAGUGCAAUAUGCUUUUAUGUAGCAGAGGGAAACUUCUUUAACAAUAAUGUGGCUUAGACUGAGAUGCACAUAUGACAGCUUGGAAAAGGGAUAUCUCAACUGGAGUGCAACAGUAUUUUGUGUCUAGCAGAAUAAAGUCUUUAAGAGCUGAGUUUAGACAGUCUAAAAUUGUUAGUAUUCAGGAAACCCAUCUUAAGCCUUCUGUGCAUAAAUAGUGUUAUGAAAAUGAAUGGCUACUGUAGAGAAUUUUAUAUAUAUAUCAAUUAACAAAUACUACUUUUUCUCACUCAGUAACCUCAAGUUAAAAUAUUCAAGUGUAGCAUUUGAGGGAAUAACAGCAUAAAUCCUGCUUACUGUGAAGACUGCAUUUUUCCUUACCAUACCUGUUAAAAUUCCAUUAUGCCAUAAGGCUUAGGUCCUUUUGUCACAAGUUCUGUGACAUGUAGAUAUGCACAUUUAGGUUAUUUUUCUUAAUUGGCUACAAAAUAGCUUAAUUACAUCAAUUUGUUAAAGAAUGUGCACAGAGUAUGGCACGUGUUUGAGCUUGGCUUGUGACACCAUUGUCAAAUUAAUCAUAGGUUUUAAAACAGAGAAGCAACAUAGCCUUCAUGUGUCUCCAUUCAUGUGUCUGUCAUCUGAGAGCCAGUAUGGUUUAGUCUGUAAAUCUGUAUUUAGCAAUGGAAAAAUCCUUUUAGGACUGUAUAUAGCUGAGAACUCUUUUUUUUUUUUUUCCCUUUCCUAAGCCAUUGAUAGCAAUGAAAUAUUCUUCAGUAAAUCUAUGAAGUGUUUGGUUGCAUAAGGGUGGUUGUUUGGGCUGGAAAGCAUUACUGGCCCAGGAUUUCCCACUAAAACAUGUGCAAAUAUUCCUAAUCGUGCACUAGUUUGGUUUCUUUUUGCUUUUUGAGCUUGCAUUAGUCCAUGUUCAGAACUUUCAGAUAAUCUUCGACUUUUUUGAAGUUUUUAUAUCACUGGAACAGAAAGAGCGUCUAAAUGAAAGCCUCAAGCUAACUUUAUUUUUCAAGUACUUCAAGAAUUAUACUUCUGAACUGAGAUUUUAUAAGUUGACUUUCUGCUGAGAACUUACAUGAACUUCUUAAAAUGUAAUUUUAUAUUGAUGCAAACAGGUUGUUAAUUGCAGCAUAAUGACAAUUACAAUAUAAACUAAUGCAAAAAUUAUUUAAAUAGAUGAAAAAGUAAACUUUGUAUUCUGUACAGCUUUUUUAAAUUAAGUUGCUGUAAUUCACACUGCUGUGAUGUAGAUACUGUAAUGUGUGCCUUGUAAAAUAUAUGUACUGUAUGUUAUAUGGAGAAAUAGAUACUUUAACACUGAAAAACUAGUAAUUUGGUACUGGUUGGUAUUACUUAGACUGAAGUACAACAUUUAGCGAAUAAUUUUGGAAAAGGAAUCCAUUGGCAUGAACAUGGCAAUGAGUUCCAGAAGCUAGAACUUGAAAAUGUGAAUUACUGCAAAUAGCUGUUGGUGGAGGGCAUUAGAGUAAAUUAACUUUUUUGUGUGUUAAGUGAAUAUUUCUUACAGGUUUAAUGUGAAAUUGUAACUUAAACAUUAGAGAUGGUAUUAAUAACUAAGAACAUUCCACUAUAUUAAACUUUCUGUAUGAAUUGUGCAAUAAAGUUACUUUGGAAGAAAUGUUAGAGUUUAAGCUUAAGGAAUCAUUUGGCUUUAGUAUUAUGGAAAUCUGAAAACUGAGAUUUGAUGCAAAUACAAUUGCUUUGUACAGGUGGUGUGGUUAAAAGUGUGGCACUUUUGAGUCAAAGCUCUCUUAAACUUUGAAGGGUUGUAUCAACAAGGUACCUCAAUGCAGCUCUGCAAAAAAAAAACAAAACUGGCUCUGAUUUGACCUCUUCUAGGUACACAAAUAAAUUAGAAUAUUCUGAAGUGAUGGGAAAUAUUAAACAACUCUAAUUCUUAGGGGACAAUAUUGAGGAGCAUGUUUGUUUGGGGAAAGGAUUUUUAUUUUCAGAGAUGUGCGAUACACUUUUUCCUCCAAGUUAUUUCAUCAUGUUGCUGAUGGUAUUUUAAAGUUUAAGAAUGCUAAGGUUUGGAAUAUUUUUUUCUUAAUUUUUCCUCCUUUUAAGUAAGAAUUGAAAUAUGUAAUUAAUGUAACUCUUUCCUCUGUCUAGUUACUUGGCUUAUCUGUUUGGAUCUUUCGAAGCCAAAGCAGAAAUGGGAGUGGAAUUCAUUAACAGAUCAGGAAAUUAGAAUGAAUAAAAUGACCAGUUGACAGGCACAGCAGGAGGUAGGUGUACCAGAGCAAUUAGCAAACCUUUUUAUUUACUAGGUUUCAAGUUUAGGCAUCAUAUCAAUAUGAUGGGCAUGAUUCUUUUUUUUUCAUGGGAAAUGGUAUAUUUACCUUCUUUAUCUUUCCUUUAAAGAAAAUUCUGUACAUAAUUAGAAAGGUUUUCUACUCCAUACUCUUUCCACUUCUGGAAGCCAGGGCAACCACUGAGAUCUGUGUUACAGGUUUGAAUGGAGCUGUUCAAUCCCAACCCUGUAGAGCUGUAUGUGCCAAAUGCAUUAUUUUUGGAAGGAACAUACUAGCCAUGGUUGUGUUUUGCAUCCAGCUAGAUCCUGGAAAAACAGCCCCCUCAGUGAGCCCUAAGGAUGUCUGAUAGAACUAGGAGCUGUAUGUUAACCUGGCUACCCUUAGUCCUUACACUGCAUAUACAUCAUGCUUUAAUUUUGUAUUCACACACACUUUGUAAUGGAAGUAAUAUGACAGUAAUUAAGUAUUUUCUUUGGGCUUCUGCUGUUGAAUCAUUCCUGAAGAUAACUUGCCAGAGGUUUUAUCCUCACCUGUUUUAAGUGGGUGAACAGAAUUUUGCUUUAUGAGUGUGUCUUAAACAUCACCCAUUUCAAAACUGAAUAUCUGUUACCUGUCACUUCUUCCAAUGCUUGACUCCAAGGCAGGGAAUUUAUAAUACAGCGCUAUUCUUUAAGGACUGAAAACUUUUCCUGCUGGGAUGUGUCACUGGAAUUAGGCUGAAUGGGGCUGUGUGCCUUCCAGUGACCACAGUGUGUGAUCACCAGGUAACGUUUCGCUCUGAGCCAGCCAAUGUUACAUCCGUGAGGGAUGGGAUAGCACAUUCUGCUUUUGUGUCUGAGCUGCCAAGAUGUUCAUCAGCAGAUCUUUACUUAACCUCACUAAGCCAUCAAAAUCCAAAUAGUAAACACUGGGCAUGGGAUUUGUAGGUUUAAUAUUAGUAGGAAUUAUCAGUUUUGUGAACUUGGAUAGAACUUCGCACUGUGUGUCUGCUGGAAUGAAGAAUACAAUGUAAUAGGUGAUUAAAUGAGCAGUCUUCUUUAGUUCAAAGUGCUAUUUAAAAAUGCUAUGUGGUUUUACAAAGGAAACCUAAAGUAUUUGGAAACCUGCACCUCUGAAAUUUGUAAGUGUCAGAAGGUAGGAGUUUGAUAUAACAAUCUGUGCUUCCAUGCUGAUGUGUAUCUGACCCAUUUUAACAGACCUUCAAAAACUUACUUUUUACGUGAGACCUGUCAGUCAUAGUGAAAGACGUAGUGGUGUUGGUGUCUCACUGUUAUACAGACUGUGCUGUUUAACAGUGGUGUUUAGUGCUUUGAGAGGUGUGGGGGAGAAAUACACAUUUCUCAGUUACAGAUGAACUGUGCUUCACCUGUGCUGCUCGUGUACAGAAAUAAAGUUUGUGUACUGAAAGGGA